AUGUUAUUCUCGGGAUUAUUAGUGGCUUCCCUAGCCCUUUGGGGUAAGGGGGUUGAGGCUGCCUUUGGACUUACGACUAACUCUGGUACCUACGUUGUUGACGCUGGCUCAAGUAAUUCGCUCAAGUUCACGGUUGAUCGGACAAACUGCGACAUCACUUCCAUCGUCUAUUAUGGCUCUGAGCUGCAGUAUCAGUCGACAGGAUCGCAUAUUGGCUCGGGUCUGGGCAGUGCUACUGUCACCGCGACGCAGAGUGGCGAUUAUAUCAAGAUUACCUGCGUGACGAGCACCUUGACGCACUAUUAUGUGGCACACAGUGGCGACCCGAUCAUCUACAUGGCGACUUAUACCACCGCCGAACCCUCGGUCGGAGAACUUCGCUACAUCGCCCGUCUCAAUGCAGACCUUCUUCCGAACGAAGAGCCCUUCGGAACCGUUUCCAACAUCGACGGCGGUACGGCUAUCGAGGGAUCGGAUGUGUAUCUGGUCGGCUCUGAAACUCGCAGCAAGUUCUACUCCAGCGAGCGAUUCAUCGAUGACCAGCGACACUGCGUUUCUGGAUCUGCGCACCGAGUCUGCAUGAUCCUCAAUCAAUACGAGACAUCCGCAGGAGGACCCUUCCACCGUGACAUCAACACCAACAACGUCGGCAGCUACACCGGACUAUACUGGUAUAUGAACUCCGGCCACGUCCAAACCGAGUCAUACCGCCAGGGCCUGCACGGUCCGUACCUGCUGUAUUUCAGUCGCAGCGGAACUCCAAGCACGGACAUCGACACGUCUUUCUUCGCAGACCUCGGAAUCACGGGGUACGUUGCGACUUCAGGGCGUGGAUACGUCUCCGGUACAGCGUCCGGCGCGGAUUCCUCGCUAGAUUGGGUUGUGCACUGGUACAAUUCUGCUGCGCAAUACUGGACCUACACUUCCUCCAGCGGGAGCUUCACUUCCCCGGCCAUGAAGCCGGGCACAUACACCAUGGUCUACUACCAGGGCGAGUACGUCGUAGCUACCAGCUCGGUAACCGUCACCGCAGGAUCAACUACGACCAAAAAUAUCUCCGGCUCCGUGAAGACGGGCACAACGAUCUUCAAGAUCGGUGUAUGGGACGGACAACCAACGGGCUUCCUGAAUGCCGCCUCCCAACUACGCAUGCACCCCUCCGACGCCCGCAUGUCCUCCUGGACCUCCUCCACAACCUACACCGUCGGCUCCUCCUCCGUAUCGACCUUCCCAAUGGCGCUCUUCAAAUCCGUAAACUCCCCACUAACAAUAAAAUUCACCGCAACGUCCUCCCAAACGGGUGCCGCAACCCUGCGCAUCGGGACGACGCUUUCUUUCGCGGGUGGACGGCCGCAGGUGACCGUGAAUAGUUACACGGGGAGUGCGCCGAGUGCGCCGACGAAUUUGGAUUCGAGAGGCGUAACGAGGGGCGCGUAUAGGGGGCUCGGUGAGGUUUAUGAUGUUAGUCUGCCGAGUGGGACUAUUGUUGCUGGGACGAAUACGAUUACUAUUUCUGUUAUUUCGGGGAGUUCGGGAGAUGAGUUCCUCAGUCCGAACUUUGUAAGUGGUGGCCCUGUCCUGGUGAGCUAA